AUGCAUGCAGGGUUCAGACGGAAGGAAUUCCGUGGCAAACUGGCCAUUGCGAUCACGGCGAACUUUAUCAAUCGACACACGGAAGCCGAGGCCCGCGUGGAGGAGAUCAGCGGUGUGGCGUUCAUCUUUAAUCAGAAAUUCUUUAAAGAUCUCAAUGCCGACACCGGGAUUGACCUCGAGAACAUCGUGUACUACAAGGAUGAAACGCACUAUUUCGUCAUGACGGCGAAAAAACACAGCUUGAUCUCAAAGGGCGUCAUUCAGCGGGAUUACCCAGAUACUGCCUUGCUAUUGGCGCCUGAGAAUGUGGACCGGGAAGCGUUAUUGGGUUACGCACGCGAAGCAGCUGACUUUUCAACGAACUACCAACUGCCAAACUUGGAAUUUGCCGUGAACCAUUUUGGGCAACCCGACGUGGCAAUGUUCGACUUCACAUCGAUGUAUGCUGCGGAGAACGCGUGCAGAGUUGUGGAACGACGUGGGCACAAAUUACUCAUGGCGCUCGUGGGGGAUAGUCUUCUUGAGCCAUUCUGGCCGACUGGGUCCGGCUGUGCACGUGGCUUUCUGGGCGCUUUCGACGCCGUGUGGAUGAUGAUCUCAUGGGCGGAUGAUGCGAAGACGGCUCUUCAGGCGAUGGCGGAGAGGGAAACAAUUUACCGGCUUCUCGCUCAAACGACUCCGGAAAACUUGUCCAAAGAUCUCAACUCGUAUUCGCUCGACCCGUCGAGUAGGUAUCCAAAUUUUGUGAAGAAUAGCGUGCUUCCGUUUCAAGUCCGACACCUGUACGGCACGGAUAAUCCCGAUGCCCUCACGAUUAUCAAUGCCCCCGCCGUGAUUGAAGCGCCGAGGAAGAAACGCAGGCGUGAUACGAUAGCUAACGACAAAGAUCGUGUUACAGAUUCUGUGGUUCAUCCGAAUGCGUUACUGGAGUGGCUGAAGAAACAAGUGGAGCCGUAUGGGGACAUCUUGACACGUUUGCGGUUUGAUGAGGUGAAAACGGCAAACAUUUUAUUUUUAUGUCGCCUUCUCGUGGCACAUAGUUAUCGUCCGAACUUGGUCAAUGUCCGGAAUCUGGACCCGGAGAAUGCAGCUGGCAAUAAUCAGCUGGCGUUUGAUUUGCUUGAGGACGAGAUGGGAAUCCCACCUGUGAUGACUGGAGCCGAAAUGGCGAAGUGUGACGUGCCUGACAAAUUGACUAUGGUUUCCUACUUGUCUCAAGUUUAUGAGUCCUUCCGACGAGAAAUUCCUCACGUUGUUCGUUCGCUGGAGUUGCUGCGUGGUUGGGACUCGGGAGGGCGCGAGGUCAGACUUGCAGACAAGGUGCCCGAAAUGGAGGACUUCACGCUGUUCUUGUAUCGAAAAACAGCGACAGACUUUGAGGACCGAGUCCGCGAUCUUGAAUCGAAGCUCUUCUAUCCCGAUCGAGAAGCGCGGAGGUCGAGGGCAAAUGCUUAUGCUAAGACGACUGAAGACGAUGUGGCUGUGCUUGAUGCCAAGGUCCGACACCUGGAAUCAAAGCUUAUGUCGCCGACGAGGAAUCGGGCGCAGAAACCAAAGGACUUGGUGCGUGCUAUCGGGAAGCUCGAGCCCGACGAUUGGAACGUUAAAAAAAUUCAGAACAAGAUUGACGAUCAGAAAAAAGUCCCAAUUUUGUGUUCCGCUGAAGAGGAAAGAAAGGUGCCAAAGUGGACGAAGGAAAUCUUCCAGGAAAAGUCGCCGACGAGGAAUCGGGCGCAGAAACCAAAGGACUUGGUGCGUGCUAUCGGGAAGCUCGAGCCCGACGAUUGGAACGUUAAAAAAAUUCAGAACAAGAUUGACGAUCAGAAAAAAGUCCCAAUUUUGUGUUCCGCUGAAGAGGAAAGAAAGGUGCCAAAGUGGACGAAGGAAAUCUUCCAGGAAAAGUUGGUUAAAGCGAAGAAGAAAGUUGCUGGUGAUAGCUCGGAAGAUUCUGGGUCGAGUGGCAAAAAUCCGCGAUGUCCUCCACAAUUUGAUUCCCAGCUGAAAUUGUUGGAAAAGAAACUUCGAGAAGGAUCGACGAUGGAAGUUGGUCAACGCGGUGCUAACAAAGUUUCUGCCAUGGCUGAACAACUGGCGUCUAAGCUCGACCACAAAGCAGCGAAAGACCCGAAACCACUUCAGCGAAGCAAUUCGAAAACCGGACUGGUUUUCUCUGUGCCGAAGUCCGACUCCGAGAAGUGUCACUUCUGUGGCAAAAGAGUUUAUUUGAUGGAGCGCCAUUCAACGGAAGGGCGGUUCUUCCACAGAGGCUGUUUCCGUUGCGAGUAUUGCGGCACGGUGCUGCGACUAGGAAACUACGGAUUCGAGCGCGAUGAUACUGGUGGUCCGGGGAGAUUCAUGUGCAUGCAACAUUAUCUCUACGGUCCUCCUGGUGCUUCCACGGGUCUCAAACGGAAUUGGAAGCGGAAGGCCGACGAAAUCGAAACGCUUGCCAAGGAAAACUUUCCACCCGAGAUUUACGUACGCAAGUCCGAGAAAGCCGACGAGAUCCUGGGAACUGGCAUCAUCAAUUCGAAAACCGGACUGGUUUUCUCUGUGCCGAAGUCCGACUCCGAGAAGUGUCACUUCUGUGGCAAAAGAGUUUAUUUGAUGGAGCGCCAUUCAACGGAAGGGCGGUUCUUCCACAGAGGCUGUUUCCGUUGCGAGUAUUGCGGCACGGUGCUGCGACUAGGAAACUACGGAUUCGAGCGCGAUGAUACUGGUGGUCCGGGGAGAUUCAUGUGCAUGCAACAUUAUCUCUACGGUCCUCCUGGUGCUUCCACGGGUCUCAAACGGAAUUGGAAGCGGAAGGCCGACGAAAUCGAAACGCUUGCCAAGGAAAACUUUCCACCCGAGAUUUACGUACGCAAGUCCGAGAAAGCCGACGAGAUCCUGGGAACUGGCAUCAUCGUUCCUCCGUCAGUGCCGUCGUCAUCGGAUCUUGUUGAACGUGUUGAUGGUGGCGGUGCGGGUGAGACGCCGCCUGCAGUGGCUCAGGCGCCAGCCGUAGUGGCUGUGCGGAAAAGUGAUCCUCGGCGACUCCAUCGUGUCACCACGCCUGAAAGGAUCGAGUUUGAGAAUUCGAUUUUCGUCCCGGAAGCACCGUCGUUUCAUGGGGCUUCCGAAGAGGAGUUAUCCGAAAUGGACGAGGACGAGUGGACUGACAGAAACUUCGGGCAGGCGACGGCGACCGAAGAAGAAGAAAUGAACAUGGACGAUUCCGACUCGGAAUUCAGUGACGAAGACGUCGAGCAGAUGAAUGCCGCAGAUCAAAUCGCGAUCGAAGAAAGUAUGGAAGAACCCCUGAGUGCGGAUCGGACGCGAAAAUUAGCCCAGUCUUGGCAGCGUCGCCAUUCCGAACCUGACGUGCUCGAGGAGGAAGACGUUGACGAGGAGCAUGAAGAGGAAGAAGAAGAGGAGGACGAGGUGGAAGAAGCGGUUGCGGAAUCCGAAGAGGAAGUUGUGGAGAACCUCAUCGAGGACGAAAUUUUUGAGAAGCCUAAGGAUAAACCUGGGACAGUCCAGGCGUUGCCGGUGACCACGGUUGACGAAGAGGACGAUACGGCUACACCCGACGUUUGCAAAGGCUUGAAGGAUGAUGGCAAAGAAGAAUCGGCGUCUUCGUCGCUGUCGGAGACGUCCGGAACAAGCGGAUCCGACGGCGAUUCGAGCGACGACGAAGGCACAAGCACGGACAUUGAAACCGAUUCCGAGCUCGAGCGCAACACAGAGCAGCGUCAACGAACUCGGAGAUUACGCGCCUUGCCCAAGGAACCCAUUAUACGGGUCCAUUGUAAAAUCAAUGGCAAUGACGCCGGUUCUUCGCAGAGCGGCAACGUGUCGAAAUUUACCACGCCGUCCCCGCGACGCACUUCUGGGGACAUUCGGACGGCCGUCGAAAAACGGAAGUCUCCUUCGCCUGAACACAAGCCCUUGGCGCCGUUGCCGCUCGAGUCCUUGGCCCCACGUCAUUCUGCGAGUACUACUCAAAUGCCGAGCUUGCUGAAGUUGCCGGUGUACGAGUCGUCGCGGUUGUCUGACCCAAGGAAGUAUCCGACGUCGUCUUUCAAGCUCUUGUCCAGCGACAAUAUUCCGAAUAGAAUUUCUGCGGAGAUUAAAAGAGAAGAAGCAGAGGAGAAAGACGAAAAAGAGCAAAAACUGGAUGCGGAAAAUUUGAACGGAAUGGAAGAAGAAAUGGAUGCUGAGGUUGACGAAGAGGAGGAAGAAGAUGAAGAGGAUGAUGUGGAAGACAUCCUCAAUCAAGCAAUGAAUGAAUCGGACAUGACAAACAUGAUCCCUGCUGACGAUGAUGACCCGAAACUGGCAUCGCAAACCCUGGAUGUGACGACAGCUGACGGGAUUGACGAAGAGUUUGAUAAGCUCAUCGCCGAGGAAGAGAAUCUCGAUGUUGCAAUUCAAAAUUUUACAUUCAUCGUCGAAGGUGGAAUUAUCCCGGAAAAAUGCGAGUCCUUGAAAGAGAUCCCGGAAACGCAAGAGAAGUCUGAAAUCGGCGACCUUGCUUCUCGUUUCGGCAACGACCUGGAUUCGCUGGAAUUCAUGGACGCCAACUUAUCUGUGGCUUCUCCGGUUCCGGUGCCGAAGGCUGAGUUUGAAGAAGAUUUUUCCAUUCGCGAGCCAAUCAUUGAAGCUGUGAAUUUGCACGUCAACACUGUCAUGAUAACUUCCCCGAUUUCUAGUCCGGAAACCGAAGGUCCUGACAGUCACACUAGUCUUAACAGCGACGAGAUUCAAGAGCUUCGAGAGCAAGCCUCAAACAAAGACGUGAAACACACGUUGACGAUUCAAGUUCCUUCCGAAGAUGAUGUGGAGUUGGACGAGAAGACCAACUGGUUUUCCAAGCAGAGUCCCUUUGGCUGCAUUAGGGAUUCGAUUCACGUCCGGAAGUCAAAUUUGAAACGCAGUCCUCCGAAAACGGGACCAUCGCCUCCUCCGGAAAUUUCUAAAUCCGGUUUAAAAAUGUUCUCGCUUCCUGUAUCGUCGGCUAUUCAAACAUUAAUGCAAGCAGGAACGACGAAACUUCGUGAUGCCGUGCAAUCUCCGAUGAAUCCCAUGAACAAUGCUGCAACUACUGUCACAGUGCCGCAAACGAAAGAUGAUAUGGAGCCUGAAAUUGUUACUCCGGAGUCAAGAGAACGAGAAGCUCUCGAGCGGGUCAUCAAAGAUCGCGAGAGACAAAAGAAUCUUGUCCACGACCUGGUUUUGUCGAAGAUCAAGAGCCCCGAGAACCGAAAAGAUAAGAAGCUCAACAAGUCAAGUCCAUCAUUUAUUAGCCAAGAAUCCUUGUCUACUGAAAUGACGGCGGCGAAUUCUCCUGGGAUGAAAGCCGUGGUGAGUGAGACGAAUUUAUCUCCGAGAAAGAUCUCGGCACCGACGCCGUCGACGACGAUCUCGCCUGACGAAUUCUACACGCCGCUGACGAGCUUUCGUCCGUUGCGACGACCGCUGUCGAUGGCAAUUCCGGAGUCGGAAGUGUCGAGUGGACUCUUACCGGACACGCCUCUGACGAAGCCGGAUGUUUUCACGCUGAAGUCGAUCGGGAAGACGUUAUUUUCUACUCCGGAUCUAACGGAGUGGGGAGACCUGAGGAAUCAGCGCACUGCGGAGCACGAGCGGGCGCGGCAAAGUAUUCGGGAUCAGUUGAAGGUCAAGUCGAAUGUCGAGCUUGGUCUGAGUCCCCCGGGCUCGGUGGAAGGUUUCAAACUGAAGCGACGCAAUGUAGACGACCCGAAACUGACGCAGUUGAAGGAAAUGCAAGAAGAUCGAAUUUCAAAGCGUGAAAUGCUGGAAAAAAUGUCUGUUUUCACGCCCACUGGGAUGGGGGCUCGUUCGUGUCCCACAUCCCCGGAAAAAUCAGCUGCUCGCCGUACCGCGGAAUUCUCUCCGCCCAGUUCGAGAAUAUCUUCUCCGGAUCCCUGCACUUCUGCCCCUGCGAGUUCCACGGACAAGAAGAAGAAAUCCAAGGAUCGCGAACGCCGGCGAAGUAUCAUCCAACUAGUCCAGGGUCUUUUCCAUCGCUCUGCAGCGGAAAAGCAAGACAAGGAAAAGCACUCCGAACCCCCGACUCCGGACGAGCCUAAGGCUGCUUCCCCGCCUAUACGUAGUCCUAAGCUAAAGGAACGCGCGUCUCCGUUCCGGCUCAAAAACAAAGAGAAGCAGAAGGAGAAGAAGAACAAGAAGAAGACAUCAACCACUCCGCAAUCUCCGUCCUCGCCGAUUAAUGAAGGCAUGAAAGCAUUGUCAUUGGGGGAAAAGUCCCUGACGCCCGGAGAAGACGAGUCGAACGCGGAUGACGAUGACCCGCUGGCGUUGUUGAGCGGCAGCGGAACAUUGACGCGGAGACAAGAGAAGUUGGCUAAGAGAUUGUCGAGGCAAGCGGAGUUGAAGCGGCUGCGAAUGGCGCAAGAGAUCCAGCGACAGCUGGAAGAGUUGGAAGUGAAGCAGAAAGAGUUGGAGGAAAGGGGUGUUGCUGUCGAGAAAGCGCUCAGGGGAGAAGGAAAUGAGACGGACAACAACAAAGAGGAGACAGAAUUGAUGGGUGAGUGGUUCGCGUUGGUGCAUGAAAAAACGCGACUGGGAAGAUAUGAGCAAGAGCUUUUGGUGAGAGCCAAGGAACUAGAGUUGGAAGACCGCCAGGCCAGAUUGCAACAGGAUCUCCGGGAACGACUCACUGUUGAUGAUGAGAUGAAAACUAAGGACGACAUCGAAGCAGAGCGAGAGAUCCUGAACGAGAUGAUGGAGAUUGUGGAACAAAGGGAUACUUUGUUGGACAUGAUGGAGGAGGACAGGCUGAGGUACAGGAGUUUGGGUCAUGCGAAGACGAGCCUUGAAGCUGGGCCGUGUGUCCGGCCUAAUGCCGGGUUCUGGGUCCUUGUUGCCUUGGGCGUGGUUGUGGUGUGCCUGUCGCAUGUUCUUGCCCCUCUUCUUGUCCAUGUCUCUCGCUGAUCCUGUGUACAGUUUGAUUUGCUCGUCGUUCGGUUUGUUCUUUCCGGAUCAGCCCUUCCAACCUCAUUUAGUUUUCUCUCUUCCUUUUAUUUUAUGUGAGAUGUACGUCGGACAUUUUCUUGGACUCAAUUUUUCUCCAACGUGAAUACUUGGAGGAUCCUAGGGACUAUUUUCGAGGGUAUUGUCGAGAUAAUAUUCUCUCGCGUCGUUUGUAAUACUCUCUUGUACUUCCUAAUUCGCAUGUCAAGCUAAGGUAAUCACAGUCGGCAGUUAGGUUUCAAAUAUUAUGUUAUUUUUUUUUCGGUUGACGACUACUCGGUUUAAAAUCCAGACUGUAUUUCCCGAGCAUCGCCCAUUUUAUGAGAGAAGAUGAUCGUUGUAAAUUAUGUCUGGAAAUUUAGAAGAUGCGAGGGAUGAUUCGCAUAUGGAGUCCAGAAAGUUAUUGUGUCCUACGAAGUUUGCAAUGACAUGAAAUCCGCAUAAUUUUUCUUUACCUUUACUGUACUGCGUUUCCACUUCAGAGAAAUUUUCUGGAAUUUUAACUAAAAUAUCUUUUGUGCAACUUUACUUCUAAUUAAACUUGCCUUGAAUCAUUUUUACUGCAUGGUCACUUUUUGGACGACCCACAUUUUAAAAUACCGACGUUGUUGUAUUGCAAAUAUAGUUGAGUCCUUUUUCUCCUGAGAAUUUUUCUUCGCUAGUUGGGUAAUGUUAUGCUUCACGGUAGUUCACACUUCACUGAGUAGAAGUGAACUUUCUCAUGCAACAAGAUCAUUGGGAUCAGAAAAAAAAAGCCAUCAUGAUGAAAAAUUCGUUUGGAGAAAAUUUCGAAUAACGCUUUUGCAUUGCAGUUGUGCUGGGACUUGCCUAAAUUCACUGUAAGCAAUAAUUCGCUAUGAAGAGAUUCGUGGUGCAAUAAUCAAACAAAAUUAUACUGCAUUAAUGCACUGCAGCAAUCUUUGAGAUUUCCUUCUGAUUCCAGGAAAAACUUCAUUAAUUUGUAAUCAUGUCCUAUGCAAUAAUAUUCUGCGCCUGACAAAUUUUUUGGUUUCGUUUUCCCAUAGUAGAUAGAGUUCACAUGUCUGAAAUUAUGUUUUGUGAAAUGAGUUGAAUUCGUAGCAGGGUUUCGUGAUUUCUGACAGCAGUUUCCGUAUUCAGAUUGGACGUUUUUCCGAAUGACGUUAGAGGUGGCUCGAUCGUGGUUGAUAUUGGCUUUUAACUUUUGAAUGGCCUUUAGGGCUGAAUGAUCUGGUUCCGAUUUUUGUCUCGGGUGCUUCGCAAAUUGUUCCUUAUUCUCGUAAAUUAAUCGACUGAAUCUGGGUGCAGGUACCGAGAGGAGGACAAGGACCUGGAGGCUGCAAUGUUAGCGAAGGGGCUGCAACUAACGCCGAUCAGGAAGGAGACGGGGGUCU